ACGUAAGCUAGGCUGUCUCCAGAGGGACGCAGUUGAGUUUUGGAGCAGCCAGGCGGUCAGUGUGCAUCCCAGGACGCAACAUCAGUGUAGCUGGGGCUCAACUUUCAUCUGAUAGCGAAACUUCGGACGCUUGAGGAAAACUUAGAAAAAUGGGUUGCUUUGAGUGCUGCAUCAAAUGUUUAGGCGGCGUGCCCUAUGCAUCUCUGGUGGCUACAAUCCUCUGCUUCUCUGGUGUUGCCCUGUUCUGUGGAUGUGGCCAUGUGGCCCUCACUGGCACUGUGACCAUCCUGGAAACCCACUUCUCCAAGGUCACCAGCGAUCAUGCCAUGCUCACUGACGUAAUACAGCUGAUGCAGUAUGUCAUCUAUGGCAUUGCUUCGUUUUUCUUCCUCUAUGGGAUCAUUCUGCUUGCUGAGGGCUUCUAUACGACUAGUGCCGUCAAGGAACUGCACAGUGAGUUCAAGACCACCAUCUGUGGACGGUGCAUCAGUGGAAUGUUUGUGUUCCUCACUUACAUCCUGGGUGUGGCCUGGCUUGGUGUGUUUGGCUUCUCUGCUGUGCCCGUCUUCCUCUUCUACAACAUGUGGUCUACCUGUGCUGCCAUGAAGUCUCCCAUGGUCAACUUCACAAACACUGACUCCAUCUGCGUGGAUGUUCGUCAGUACGGAAUUAUCCCGUGGAAUGCCACACCAGGCAAGGCCUGUGGAUCAACGCUAGGUGACAUCUGCAACACCAGUGAGUUCUACCUGUCUUAUCACCUGUACAUCGUAGCGUGUGCCGGGGCAGGAGCAACUGUGAUCGCUCUGAUCCACUUCCUCAUGAUUCUCUCAGCAAACUGGGCCUACCUUAAGGAUGCCAGUCAUAUGCAUGCCUACCAAGACAUCAAAAUGAAGGAAGAGCGGGAGCUGCAGGACAUCACCUCACGCUCAAAGGAAUGCCUCAAUUCCUACACAUAAGGAUACUACACACUCGCAGUCCAAACACACACACACACAAAUGCACAUAUACUUACAUUAACAGACACUGUGGCCAACCACUGUGGCCCCUCUGGACCAAGGCGACGCUCAGUUAAAAUAACCUGCCAACUGACACUGUGUGCAGUACUAACCAGGCUUCUAACAGACUAAUGCAUCAGUGUUGCUUUCUGCACUAAUUGUUUCACAACUGCUCUGUGAAGUUUCAUUCAUGCUGGGUUUUGUUUUUCAUUUUCUGUAGGGACGAGUCAUCCCAGUUCUGAUGUUCAUGUGUUUUUAUAGCCAUUUUUGUGCUGGUGAAGCUUGUGACAUUGCACUAUUCUUACACAGCGCACCACAGCGUUUCACAGUCUUGCUCCAUCCUUCUUUAGUUUUCAACUAGGGAAGAUGAAAGAUAUUUUUUUUGUUUGUUUUUUUUUUUUUUUUCCUCAAAAAUUCAGAUGAAUUAUACACAUGAAAAGCCUUACAUCCAAUCUGAGCUGUGAGUCACACUAUAUUGUCAGGAAAGAGCCAGUGAAAUAUUGCACCAGAUUCUUUUAUAAAAUAGUUGGUUAUACAUGCACUAUCAAGCUAUAAUCCUUAAUGAUUAUGAAUUUACCUGCAUUACCAUUUCAGUUAAUGAUUGUUUGAGUGUUGUUGAUUGGUUAUGGGUUCUAAUUUCUGUUGUACAGCUACUUAAGUCAUGGCCUACAUUACCUCUACCUCAGGUGUGCACUAGAGCCUAUGGACAAACAAAUCCCCCUCGAAAGGUUUCCAAUUCCAAAUUGUAAAAAGAUGUCUUAAAGACACAGUAUACAUUUGGGUAGCUUCAACGACAAAUCUAAAAUCUUAAAACUGUGGCCCAAAUAUAUCCAUUUAGGCAAAUGGGGGGGAAAAAAUGCUUGCCAAUGAAGAGUUCUGAUUGCUAAUAAUAUAGCAGUUAUCAUUUGCAACAUGUACAGUAUGAUCAAAAAUGAUUCAAUUUAAAGAAAUCUUAUAAGCAUAACUAUGUCCCACGUGCUUUCUUACUGUUUGAAACAGAACUAAAGAAACUGUGGUGUGAUCAGUGUAAAUUUAUUACAGCUCACGAUUUUAGUUACUACCUUUUUUUUUUUUCACAAUUUUCUAAAAUUGUAUCUCAAUGUGCAAUUGACAUAAUGUUUAAAUAACUCAUAAUCUUUAUUAGCUAAAUUACAGGGAUAAUUUGAGAUGCUUCAUUGUUACAUAAAGACGACCGCGCCUGCGGUGACCUGUGAUGUACAGUCAUGUAUACUGACAUCAGUAGUAGGCAGUGUUUGCCCGUUUCUUGUUUUUCUAACAGAAUACAAUGCUAUGUAGCACAUUAGUUAAUAGUUUGUUUUUUUUUAGGUUCUUUUAUUCACUUGAAAAGUAUACUUUAUUAUUUUGUUGCCUGAUAGUAUACCUAUAUUUUCUAUGAAUGUCAAGGGCUUCCUCAUGAUUAACUGAUACUUUCAACUUUCAAGUAGUGAUUAGCCACACCAGUCCUUUAAAACAAUUGUAUAAAAUUCUAAAUGGUAAAUUCAGCCAAAGUAUGAAUGCCAGUAUUAAACAAUAUCUGUUUGAUACAGUGGUACAGAACCUGCAUUGCUCUGUGUAGGACUGGCUAUAGGUGUACAGUGGUCGAGCGGAUAGAUGACAGAUGUACAUGAAGCUAAUGUAUGUCACAUCUUGUCUUUGUAUGUUGUGUUUCAUGUUGAAUGAACCAAAAAAAGUAAAGAAAAAAACUACCUGUCAGUCAUCAGGAGGACAAUAAUCAGUUAAAAA